CGUCCCUCUCAACAUGGACGCCAACAUAUCGCUAUCGCUGGCCAUGUGCAGCCAAGCUAUAAGCAGCGCGACAGGCGGGAUCGGCAGCACGUUCGCACCGCUCCUUGACAUGGCGACGCGCUUUCUGCACGCCAUAGCGGUCCUGUCGGCGUUGUAUGAGGGCACGACUUCAACGAGGAUCGCUGAGAUACAAGGGAACGCGUACCAGUCGCCGCUCGUGGGGCAGAAGGUCAGCGGCGUCACCGGGCUGGUGACUGCGAAGGCAGACAGUGGCUUCUACCUCGCUGGCGACCCAGUCGACGACCUGCGCGUCUCCACCGGUCUCUAUGUCUACACCACCUCGUCCGACGUGCUUGACUCCGUCACCGUCGGAGACUCGAUCUCGCUUUCCGGCACCGUGCAGGAGUACCGCUCCUCGUCGAAGCCCGACUACCUCUUCCUCACCGAGCUCGCGUCCCCGUCCGACAUUGAGAGCCUCUCGUCAAACAACACUGUUACGCCGGUGGUGCUUGGCUACGACAGGUCGCCGCCGACGCAGAAGCUGUCCUCGUUGGACGUGGGGGACGAUGGUUGGCUCUCGGUGCCGAACAACCAGACAAGGAUUGAAGAGAUCAACCCGACGUUGGUGCCGAGCGUCUACGGAUUGGACUUCUGGGAGAGCUUGGAGGGGCAGUUGGUGCUGAUUCCGAGCCCGACCGCUUUGAACUUCGAGAAUAGCUAUGGCGAGUUUUGGGUCUAUGGAAACUGGACUGUGACGGGGAAGAAUGGGCGCGGUGGCCUAUCUCUGAACUUCGGUUCGGAUGGCAUCCCUGAUGCCAAUCCCGAGACCAUCCAGGUCGGCAGCCCCCUCGACGGCACGGAUAAUCCCAAGGUCGCUGUCGGCGUCACCCUCAGCGACAUCGUCGGCGUCGUGCAUUACCAGUUUGGCUACUACCAGAUUUUACCUUUGACGGCGCCCUCGGUGCUGACUACUCCUUCGCAAGAGGCCCCGCCGACGAGUAUCGUGGGAGACGACGAUGCGUGUAGCCUGUUCUUCGGUGACUACAACGUAGAGAACAUGGCCCCCACCUCGUCCCACAUCCCAGCUGUCGCCGAGCACAUCGCCUCCUACCUCCUCAGCCCCGACAUCCUCUUCGUGCAGGAGAUCCAGGACAAUUCGGGCCCGACGGACGACGGGACGGUCAGCGCGAAUGUGACGCUGGUGACACUGGCGAAUGCGAUCAAAAAUAUCAGCGGCGUGGUAUAUGACUUUGUCGACAUUGCUCCGAAAGACGGGGAGGAUGGCGGGCAGCCUGGUGGGAAUAUAAGGCAGGCGUACUUGUACCGCGCGGAUAAGCUGCAGCUUGUGUCGGGCUCGCCUGCGGGGACAGCGCUUGAUGCUGUCGAGGUGCAGGAGUCCUCUGAUGGGACACCCGCAUUGAAUUUCAACCCCGGGCGCAUCGCCCCCACCAACGCCGCCUGGGACAGCUCGCGCAAGCCCCUCGUCGCGCAUUGGAUCACGCCCAACGGCACCUCGCUCUUCACCAUCAACCUGCACCUCACAUCGAAGGGCGGUAGCAGCACGACGCACGCGAAUGGCCGGACGCCGGUCAACCUCGGCGUCGAGCAGCGGACGAGUCAGGUAGAGCUGGUUGCCAGUUUUGUCGGGGAUAUUCUGGCGGUGGAUCCGGAGGCGAAUGUGAUCGUCGCGGGCGAUUUCAACGAGUACACGCAGACGAGGUCGGUGCUGCAGGCGCUGGAGGAUAUUGGCUCGGGUGGUGACGACGGCCUGAUCGAGAUCGACGAGGCGGCGGGGCUGGCGGAGGUCGAGCGGUACACGUACGUGUACGACCAGAACACGCAGCAGCUGGACCACGCGUUCGUGUCGGGGGCGAUUGCGGGGAGGGGGGUCGAGGUCGAGCAUGUGCAUGUGAACAAUUGGGUGGCGACGUAUGCGGAGAGGGUUAGUGACCAUGAUCCUAGUGUGGGGAAGGUGUGGUUGUGCUGAGGAGGUAUGGCUGUGUUGAGGAGGUAGUUGGGUGGAGGUCAGAAGAGACUUUGUACUUAUACCCUGCGUACAUAACGGCCGCUUAUGACUUGGACCUUUCCUUCACGCGCGCGGUAUUCGGUUUCGCGAGUUGUGGACCACAGCCCAGUCGUCGAUUGCUCCUCUCCUUUCCUCCAUCCCCCAAAUACUGAACAAGGCACUUGAACGUCUGUGUCCCUGUGUAAUUAUGGACUUCGCGUUCCUCGCCCUGCCAGGCGCG